CUAUGCCUCAAUGCACGUCUGACCGAAAUGCUCAAGGUGGUCAGGAUGCUCUAUGUCAGGAUGGUGUGAUGCCAGUGAUGAAGUUGAAAGCUUGCCAACUUUAAUACAUUUGUUAAUAAAUAAUGUCCACAUCAAUUACACGUGUUGUGUCUACGCUGCUGUCCGGGCAGAAUGCAACGCCAUGUGCUAUCACCUCCGUUAGGUGUAACCACUGGUUUGCAUCUGUGCUGUCACUGAAGAGUUCGCCACCUUUAAGAGCCGAACCCAAGAAGAAGAAGAAGGUGGACCCUCGGAGGGAGAUGAUGGCACGAGAGCGACUGAAGAAGAAACUGAAGAAGCUAGAAAGAGUCCCUCCUGAGUUCAUCCCUAUUGAGGACUUCAUCACACCAGCCAAAUGCUUUGAUGAAAUGAGGGUCCGCAGCGAGCCACGGCUGGCGUUCGAGGAGAGUGAACGACGGGCGCUGCUGCUUAAGGAGUGGUCCCGCUACAAGCACGCCCAGCACCAGGCCGAGAUGGCCGCCAUAAGCGGGGCUGUGGAGGCCCAGAGGCAAGCCCUGGAGGAGCUCAGGCUGGAGUCCGAGGAGCUUUACCAGGCUGCCCUGGCGCCAGAUAUGGGCCUCCUCCCUUUCACCCACCAGGGGCCCAGCUACACACCACCCAUUCAGAACUAUGAAGCCCCCGAGGGCAAGUACAAUAACAUCACCAAGGUGUACACACAGUGAGGAGAUGAAGCGUUGCUGUUUUACACAUUGCACAGUGCCCAUCAGUGUGUAUUGGGGUAUUCUGGUAUCUGGUAUGCCAUUGCCAGUUGCUCAGGUUGACCUGUAAAACUUGGCUAUGCAUAACACGUGUAAUACGAAGUGGACUGUUUUGUUUAAUGUCUCUUGAACACAAGGAUGCAGAAUGUGAGUGUUGGAUUCUCUCCAUACUAGUUGAAACUUGGGAGUAAAUUCAGGACUUUUAUUUUUCAAGAUCUACUCAAGUAUUAAUCAAGUGAACCAGAUGACCAUUCAUGUUUGAUGAUUAAAUUGAAAGAAAUCA